GGGAGGGAGCGAGGAGGAGGAAACACUGGAGGAAAAAAAGUUCAACCAAAAAUGGCUUCCUUGUCUCUGGAGUCGACAGAACAAUCCGACAACAGCUCAGAGGAACCCACGGCGGCCGAGAGCAACGAGGAAAACGGCGGCGUUCGAGUGGCGGAGGAGUUGUUUCAAAGUUUCCAGGAGGCGGCUCCGAGCUUCUCCACCGACCAGGUCUCGUGCCUGUGCGAGGCCCUGCUGCAGGCGGGCAAUGUGGAGCGUCUGUGGAGGUUCCUCUCCACCAUACCGCGCUCCUCCGAGCUGCUACGUGGCAACGAGACCCUGCUCAAGGCCCGGGCUCUGGUCGCCUUCCACCGGGAGGAGUUCGGCGAACUGUACGGCAUCCUGGAGAGCCACGACUUUCACCCGUCCAACCACGGGUUCCUGCAGGACCUGUACCUGAAAGCCCGCUACAAGGAGGCGGAGAGGUCGCGCGGCCGCAGCCUCGGCGCCGUGGACAAGUACCGGCUGCGCAAGAAGUUCCCGCUGCCCAAAACCAUCUGGGACGGAGAGGAGACAGUGUAUUGUUUUAAGGAGAAAUCGCGCAAUGCUCUCAAAGAUUGCUACAAGAGCAACAGGUACCCGACGCCGGACGAGAAGAAGAACUUGGCCAAAUUGACCGGCUUGUCCCUCACACAGGUCAGCAACUGGUUCAAGAACCGCAGGCAGAGGGAGCGAACCCCGUCCGGAGCCCACAGCAAGAGUGAGUCUGAUGGGAACCACAGCUCUGAGGAUGAGGCGAUGGACGAAACGCCUUCUAAAGCCGAGGAGACGGCGUCCGCCGAGACGCCCGUCCUGGCGCUCUCGACUGUGCCGUGCAGCACUGGAGGUCAAAUCAUCCUCAACGGCUCUGGGAGUUUCCUCACUGCCACGGAGCCGCUGCUGCUCAACAGCAACUCUCUGAUCGCUGGCGGCGGAAGCAGCGUCAUCAUCAAUGGGCUGAGCCUGGGGGACGGCCAGACAGUCACACUGAACCCGGUCCCGAACUCUCCGCUGAUGCUGAACGGCGCUCAAGUUAUCGCCAAACCGAGUGUAGGCGUGCUGCCGCCUGUCUCCGCGUCUCAGGAGAAGAAUUUGGAGUGCAGUGAUCUGCCACAUGUUCUGAGCAGUAAGACCACGUCCGUCUUGACCCGUCACGCCUCCCAACCUCUGCAUAUCAAAACUGAAGAUGCGGAAGCCCUGAACGUUGGGGCUGUGCAAGAAGAUCUGACGGUCAAGCAAGAAAGCCAUACGUUGUCCUCGUCUUCUUCAUCUUUGUCCCCUUCGUCGCCCACAUUGUCUCCGGCUAGUCUUUCGUCCCUGGUUCUGAAGCCCCCCUCGCAGAGCCAGGAGCCCCUGACUCUACCGUCUGGUUUGACCCUCUCCAACACUGCGCCGGCCACCACAGGUCAACCAGGGGACUUUGUUCUUUUCACCUCCUCCAGCUCGCAGCUGACCCCCUCCAGCGCUGUGGUCAACUCCGCUCUCUCCACCCCCCACGUCCUCUCCCUGCCCCAGGUUGUGCCGUCCAUCCAGGGCAUACCCGUGUCUCAGCUCGUCCAGCACUCUCCCGGAGCCCAGCUCUCCCAAUGUCCUCAGCUGGUUCCAGUGUCUUCGCUGGCCUCGCCUCUUGCUCACUAUCAAAGCCCACAGUUGCUAAACACCUUUGACCCGUCAGCGCAGCAGCAGAGCGAGACCCCUCUUGGUGAAGGUUCCCCCACAUUAGUCACCAUCUCACAGCGCGCUGAUCCUAAACCCGCCCAAGCUGCGAUGCCCCAGCAGCUGCUGGAGCAAACCUUUUCCUCCACAUCGAGCAAAGUCCAGACAUCACAGACCAUCGCUUUUUCAUCCCCAACACAAGUGGUCCCCAUCCCUCAGGCGAAAGGCUGCGCCCCAGCAAAGCUGGUUCCCCUCUCCAUGCCUCAGCUGGUCCCUGCUCAGGCCACCUCCGCGAUCUCUUUCCCCCAGGUGGUCCCUGCAACCCCCUCCCUCUCCAUCCCGUCUGCUCCAGUACCUUUAAAGAUCGUGACCCCUGCAGCCGGGGGGGUCAGACAGGGCCCUGUCAGGAUGAAUCAGCAGAGGCCCCCCACUAGCAUGGGUCCAGGGGUGCAGCUCAUCAACUCCGGGAUCAUCCAACUCCCAAGUCCUCAAGGUAACCUCCUCCUGGGUGGAGGCCCCUACCUGAGCGUCCAGCAGGGCAAGCUGAUCCUUACGAUCCCAGCAGGAAUCCAGCUCACCAGCGUUCCUCUCCAGCCAGUCCCAGACACUUCCAAUAACGGGGUGGCUCCUGCUCUCACCCCCUCUCAACCCCCCGCCAUCAUCUCUCAGUCUCCUCCCACCUCAGUCCACACACCUGGAGUCCUCACAACAACGUCCUCCCUCAACUUCAUCAACUCGUCUCCUCCUUACUCUCUGGGGGAAGCGACUCCAGUCAUCCACUCCCAGAACACUCUGGACCCCUCAGCCGCGCCCACCACACCAAACAAUCUCACCCCGGAGAGCUUGCUCACUCUCAGCCCCAUGUAUAGUGGAGUGACAUCGCAGUCCCAGGCCUCCCAUCCGGCCUGGAGCCCUGUGUCUCUCUCCGCUUCGGCUGGUCUGACUCUGUUUGACGGCCGUGGGAAGGCGGAGCUCCCCGUCGACCCCGCGCUGCUGGGGUUGCCAGGGGAGUCGCUGCUUUUGGGGAGCCCGUCUCCGGAGCAGCGAGGCGCCUCACCCCUGGGACACUCGGAGGACAUCGAUGGAGACUCCAAGAUUUUGACUCAGCUGCAGUCCGUCCCUGUGGACGACGAUAUGGGUCUGUAGACUGGCAUGUAGACAGCUUACAUGGCCUUGACUGGUACCUUUGGGAUCUCUCCUCUUUUUUUUUUUUUUUUUUUUAAAAAAAAAGCCUAUCGCCAACCAAAACCAGGAAAUCGCAGAGACUUAAAUCCACAUGUGCCUUUUAUGAAUCCCUGUGCCUUAUGUAUGUGCCAGUCCAGGCCCCGCCCACAUGGCUGAGCUUUUGUUUGAAUCAGUAUUUUAAGUUGAAACAUCUAAUAGCAACAUGAAGCAGCUUUCCCAGCACCAGUGAAAGUAGGUGGCAACCCAUAGAGAAGGAAGCUCAACACUUCACACAGGAAGGCACUUACGACUACAUGACAAAAAAAAACCAAAGGUGCCUCCACUUGUCUUCUGCCCUCCAGUGGGGCCGGAAGACUUGGCCAGAGAGAGGAGAGACACCUGACCCAGGGGGUGGGACGCAUACGCUGCCGUUGGUGCAAAACUGUAUGGAUGCUGUUACAGUUUCAGGGAGAUGGUUAUCACGGCGCUGCUUUUAUGAGUCUCACAGUGGUUUGACCAACCUCAACACUCCAGGAAACGGCACCAGCAGUUGAGCGAUUGCUACACCGCUGUUCUUUCUCGACAGAAAAAAAGGGUUAGCGCUCUUUGUAGGAAUUUGAAAUGUGCUCACACAGAGCCAUUCUUGGGAGGCGAACCAAAGCUUUACUAACCACCAGCUACUUCCCACCUCAGACUCUAGAGAAAGUGCCUUCAUUUAGUUUUGUUCGGAACCCUCUUCUCUGUGUUGAUGUUUAAGCCAGACUUAUAGUAACAGCAUGGCGCUCUGUUAUUUUAAUCUUUUGACAUGUAUAUUUUGCACAUUUCAUUCACACCAUGUUUACACCGCGCUGGUCUUGACAGUGGUUGAAGUGAUGGAUCUGGUUACACUUGCUGUCCUUCACCAAACCCCGAGCGUGUAGUCACGUCUGGAAGUGGACAGGUUCUAGAUGUGAAGACCCAAGAAGGCGAGAGUUUGUCAUCUUCCCCAUUGGUCCUCGGAGCGUCGGCAGCGAUUCUGUUCAUCUUAAGAGCGUCACAAUAGCAUGACCUUUCUUCUCGGCUGUCAAGACGCAGGUGGCGGUCACACCUUUGGCCAUUCACGGUACAUACAGACACACGAGUGUUGAGUCUGGUUACAAGGUGGCGGCGGUGUUUUUAUUACUUCAUGUCUUUUGUCUUUGUUCAUUUAACCUAUUUAAAUGUAUCAAUCAAUACUCUUCUUUUUAUCGUCCAACUGAAGGGUCACCGGAAGAAAGCGUAGACGAUCGGACAGAUCUUUUUUUUCCUGAGGGACAAAGGGAAUUGUAUGUUGUGUUUGAGCCAUUUCUUACCAAAGUUUGUCGCCGGCCCGAGCAGGCUGACACUCAUUUGUACCAGUUUAUAUUCUCCUCCUCCUCCAACAGACUCCAGAAUAACCAAAGAUAUUGUGUACUUUUUAAAGGGAAUGUUUUUGUCUGUUCACGGUUUGUGUGUGUGUAACUUUUUUUAUAUAUGAAAUCCAUUUUAUUUUUUAUGCUACAUGACAUUGUAAUAAA